AUGAAUAAUAAAGCUAAAAAAUUGAAAAAAUCUUCCGGAUCCAACCUCACAAACACCUUAAACAAUCCUAACGUCAUUUCCAUUCAAAACGACCAAAAACCUGAUCCCAACCCAACCAUAAACCGAAUCAGCGUGAACGCUAACCAGUUCCCCUUUCCAAACGACCACAAAUCUGACCACAACCCAACCAUAAACAGAAUCAGCGUGAACGCAAAUCAAUCCCCCUUUCCAAACGACCAUCCCCAGGCAACCGACUACCUUCCCCCAACCAAGUUCCACCCUAAAAUAUACCGCAAAACCUACCCUGGGGUGAUAGGGUAUCCAGGAUACGACAUGGGUGCACACCACAUCUACUGCGGUCACCACCCUUACCACCAGGGACUUGUUAACAACUCCUGGAGCAGAGAGGGUGCGGCGUUCCAGGUCGGGUCAGAGUGGAUCAGAGCUGAUGAAGUGGCGCUUGUCAUCAUCGUCUUGAUGCUGUGGUUCGGCGCCAUAACGAUGUUCAUUAAUAGAUGGGGUAAACUGCGUAUGCUGGAGCCGUAUCAGCCUGCAUAUUCUGCCCCAGUUUCGGCCGCGGUAAGGCCGGCCAACCUUGCUGGGCCAAACGGCGCCCUUGGCCCACAGGUGGCCGCCACUGGGCCGACAAUCCAAAUCCAAAACCCUCCGGAAUUAACCUUCUGCCGAGCCAAACGCAUCGAGUCCCUUAACUCCUUCCGAGACAAUUUCCGAGAGGGAUACAAAGAUGCCUACAGAUAUUGGGGUACCCCCUCAAAAUCGUUCACAUCUGGUCUCGGGAUCAGCGGCAUGGCUGGGGUCUGGGGGGCUGGAUCUUCCACGCUCGGUAUCGGCAUCGGCAACAUUGGCGGAAGCUUUCAAGAGUACCGGCGAGCUUCAUCCGGCAGCACUUUGGGUCUAGCACCUUCCGGAAGCGGGAUCGUCGAAAAUGGACUGAGGUCAACUGAAAUGUCCUCGUGCCAUGCUAUUGGUCGCAGUCACAGUAUCUCUGGUAGUGCUCACCGUAUCCAUCAGUGUCAUGUUAGUUCCCAGAACGUGUGUGGUGAGAGACAUGGUAGUAACCGGGACUUGUUUAGUGGUGAUCGAUCUGGAAACAAUCGCGAUCCGUGUAGUAGUGACCGGGAUGGUAGCACCCAUAACUUGCUUUGUGGUGACCAUAAAAGCUAUCAUCGACCGCCACCAAUAAUCAACAUCGCAGAUACGAGCAUCACAAUCACCAACACCGACGACGACAGCACCAGCAACAGUAACAGCAGGAACAACAGUGUUAGUGACCUGCGCAACGUUGCUUGUUGUGUUGAUUGUGGUGAUGAAUGCUGUCACCAUCAUCAUCAUCAUCACCGAGGAGGCGAGUUUAGGCCGCUGUCGUCACAAAUUAAAGUACGAAGUGCAGUGGACCUUGUCACGCUCGUCAUGCAAGAGAAGAGGAAUUGUCACUAA